UUGAAAAAAAAAAACGGGAUCCCGCACGCUGUCUAUACAUGGCUGUUGUCUAGUGCUACGGUUCAAGCUAUCUGCAAUCCAUGGGACUUGUUACCCCGUUGAGGUGAAAAUGUAAAAUGGUUAAGGUAAAUGUUACCGUUGGGUAAGGGUUAAAUUUAAGAGUGAAGGGUUAGAGGUUAAGGGCGUCCCAAGGAUUCCUCCUGCCAGUGUUUAGUGCCACGAGCCAAACAACUUGACAGAGAUAGUGUGCUAAGUUUGUCCCCGCUGGCUUCCCAUCAAACUACCAGACUGACGGCUUUGUUUCAUUGAUAAGCUAAAAAGAUAGUUGUAUUAGGUCGAGACGCCUGGAAUAAGUUUGCGAGACGUAUCGGAGACUAUGGCGAACAUGAAAGGAUAACUGCGGAUAAAGUGUCUGGAAAAUAAGGAACUUCGACAGAAUCUCAAAGUUUAUACUUCACUGUCAUGUUUAUUGUUGAGUGCGCUUUUUUGUGCGCGAACAAACGAUAUUCAGGACUGCUGCGGAUACAGGGUCUUGCUGUACUGAUACUGCUGUGGGCAGCACUGAGGACAAUGAGGCUGUGACUGGCCUCCUGCAGCCAUGACAGAGCUGGAGAUUGAUCAGUCCCACCUGCCACGGGUCCAGGAAGUGUGCCAUGUUUUUGCUGUCCUAGAGGAUGGAGCGUUGGCACACAACCUACAGGAACAGGAAAUUGAGCAGUACUACACUACCAACAUGCAGAAAAACCAGCUGGUGCAGAAUGAUAUCCGCAUUGCCAAGAGGCUGCAGAAUGAGGAGGAGGAACAGAGAGCUCAACACAGAGCCCUCCUGAGCCAGGCUUCUAGACAACUUCAGGAGGAGGACUCUGAGUACGCCAGGAUGAUCCAGGAGGAGAUCUUGAGAUGUGCUGAUGAGGAGGCUCAGAGAAGGGAGCAGGAGGACGAGGAAAUGGCUAAACGCAUCCAGGAAGAGGAGGGGCUGAGGGUCAGACAGAGGAGUAGGCAGGAGAGCCUCAGUGACGACAGUGCCAGCGUCCCUGCCUCGCCUUGCCCACACCAGCCUGCUCUCAGCACCAGCCCCAUACAUGGAGAAGAGCUGCGCCAUCAGCCUGCUACCAGCAGGUGGCAGUGUUCUAUCUCUAACACACAGCCACAGUCAGACUCUACAGCUGCGCCUCUGUCUGAGCCCUACAGGACAGCAGGACAGAAUAACAGAACUCUGUCAUCACGUGAUAGACACAUGGAUCCCCCUAGAAUCAUCAGAAACAACCUCCAAUGCCCUCCACCUGACUAUCUGAGUGAUGAAGGCUCAGAGCACACAGACACUGUUUUCCCUGAACACCUCCCUCCAUCCCGGCCGUGUAGACAGGAGAAACGUCUCAACACUGCCCCUAGUGGCUACAGGACUCCUGUGCACCAGCCACAAGAGAGAAGCAGCGGGAGUCUCAGCCGCCACAACCGCUUCAGAGAGGACCAUGGCAGGGUUUGGGAGAGGGGCAGAGGAGAGAGGGAAGAAAGGGGGAGUCUGCAGGACAGGGAUAGGAUUUGGGACAUGAAUCCCAGGGUAGCUCGUGAUGGGGGUUAUGACAGGGACCCCAGGUCAGAGGAUGGCAGGGAGCGGCACUACAGAGGAAGAACUAGUGACCCUGCUAGAGGGGUGCAGGAUAGAGACCGAGAUGAGGUCAGAAGGAGCUGGACCCACAGAGAGACCAGCGACAAGAAACAAGUACGCUUCCAGGACGACACCAGCAGACGCUGUCAUAGUUACCAUGGCGACAGCAGGCGGGCAGGAAAUGUCUGGGAGCUGAUUGCCCAUGACUUAAGAGAGCGGGGUGUGGCCUUGAGGCAGAGCUUCAACGGGGGGUCACGGUCACAGCGGACAAGGGGUAAGGGCAGAGACAGCCAGGUGCAUGAUGGGGGAAAUACCAUCGCCUGUAACAACUCUCAACCACAGAGGGCUUUUCAAAUGGCCAUCUGCAACAGGCCCAGUUACCAUGGAGAUGUCAGGGAAAGGAGUGCCUCACAAAGAGAAAGCCUCUGUCACCGUGAGGGGGAGAGAGAAAAAAUCCAUGAAAACCUGACCAUAGAGGAGGCUAGUGGGACUGAGGUCUAUGAUGAACACUGUAGAAAUGAUAGGCUGUUCAGCAGAGAGGGGAGGAGUAGUGGGACUGAGGUCUAUGAUGAACACUGUAGAAAUGAUGGGCUGUUCAGCAGAGAGGGGAGGAGUAGUGGGACUGAGGUCUAUGAUGAACACUGUAGAAAUGAUAGGCUGUUCAGCAGAGAGGGGAGGAGUAGUGGGACUGAGGUCUAUGAUGAACACUGUAGAAAUGAUGGGCUGUUCAGCAGAGAGGGGAGGAGUAGUGGGACUGAGGUCUAUGAUGAACACUGUAGAAAUGAUAGGCUGUUCAGCAGAGAGCGAGAGGGGAGGAGUAGUGGAGACCCCAGACACAAGGUCAGCUCAGGUGGGGACCAGGCGAGGGAGGAGGGCAGGGUCGACAGGCACUACCAUAGCGAGCGCAGGGUGAGGAGUGAGAGUGAACACCAGCAUGAGGAGGAUAAGCAGUACCACUCCGAGGAGGAGAGACCCCCACCCUCACAGAAAGUCUCCCAGCGCAGCCAAAGCUUCUGCAGCAGAGGGCCCUCCAUCAGGGCCAGAUCCAAGCACACCCACAGAGCAGGAGCCGCACUGCAGCCGGAGAAGGGGGCGUGUCUGGACCUGGGGGAGCUGCAGCAGGUGCUGCUGGAUGAGGAGCUGGCCAGGAGGCUGCAGGAGGAGGAGAAGCUGCUGAGGAGGAGCCUUCCAGCCCGUCCCUCCCACUAUCAACGCGAUUCCUAUCCAGCGGGAGACUUCAGAGUGGCACAAGUGGCCCAGGAUGAGGAAAUCGCCCGCUUCAUGCAGAAGCAGGAAAUGAAGUCAAAGCGUCGUUCACGGGACCUUGAUGGCCCGGGGUCACAGCGUGAACCGCAUGACCUGGCUGACCCCUAUGACAGGAGAACUGCCAGAGACAGACGGAUCCAGCGGGAGAGACUGGGCUCAGAGGACCUUCCAUCUCCUACUGAAGACUGCUCUCCAGACUAUCAGGCCCCUAGACCCACAACCCAAUCACAACAGCCAAUCAGAAUCAGAAACAUUGCAGAGGAACUGGACCCAACUUUCAAGGCCAGUAGACAAGGCAAGGAGGGCAUCCGAGCAGGACCGACAAUCUCUGGCACAUCCUCCUGCCAGUCUCAUCCCACUCCUCACUCCGGCUUACAUGAUUUUAUGGAGGAGCCAACGUUCAUCCCGCCCACCAAGAGGCAAAGCGCCAAAUCCAAAGAGAAGAAGGAGAACUGUAAGCAGCAGUGAUGUCAGUCUGAGACCAUGGGCCCGGGAGUAGAACCGUACACCCCUCACAUUACUUUACCUGGUUGCAAGAGAAUUUAAAGAAAAUGAUAUUUAGUUAUCCCAACUAGCACUUUAACCAGUUAAAAAAAAAAAAUGAUUUUUUGUUUUUGUUAAAAGGACUGGUCCAGAUACUUUAUUUUCACGUUUGAGUCGUUUAAGUAGUGAGUGCAUACAUUUUUGUACUUUUUCUUACUGGGUUCAUAUAACUCAAUAAUAUUCAAAGGGAAGAAUUAUACACUGAACAAAAAAUAUAAACGCAACGUGAAGUGUUGGUCCCAUGUUUCAUGAGCUGAAAUAAAAGAUCCAUACACACAAAAA